GAAGUGCCCGUCUUCCCGGAAGUGCCCGGCUAGCUGACAGAACCAAGGCUUUUCCCCGUGCUGCUGCGGUUGGGUAGCAGUUCUGUGGCUUGGGUGACUACAGGAGGUCUGACUCCCAAUUGGGGUUGGCAUCAGGAGGUAGCUGGGCGGCAGUAUGAUGGAGGAGGAGGAACUGGAGUUCGUGGAAGAGCUGGAAGCCGUGCUGCAGCUCACGCCCGACGUGCAGCUCGCCAUCGAACAGGUAUUUCCAAGCCAGGAUCCUUUAGAUCGAGCAGAUUUCAAUGCUGUGGAGUAUAUCAAUGCCCUGUUCCCAACGGAGCAAUCUCUGGCAAACAUAGAUGAAGUUGUGAACAAGAUUAGACUGAAAAUAAGGAGACUAGAUGACAAUAUUCGAACUGUCGUAAGAGGUCAAACAAAUGUGGGACAGGAUGGCAGACAAGCGCUUGAAGAGGCCCAGAAAGCAAUUCAGCAACUCUUCGGCAAAAUCAAAGAUAUCAAAGACAAAGCAGAAAAAUCAGAGCAAAUGGUUAAAGAAAUCACCCGUGAUAUUAAGCAGUUAGAUCAUGCCAAACGCCACCUGACCACCUCAAUCACAACGCUGAACCACCUGCACAUGUUGGCAGGCGGCGUCGAUUCCCUCGAAGCCAUGACCAGGCGAAGGCAAUAUGGAGAAGUUGCUAAUCUUCUUCAGGGUGUAAUGAAUGUUCUGGAACACUUCCACAAGUAUAUGGGAAUUCCACAGAUCCGGCAGCUUUCUGAAAGAGUGAAGGCCGCCCAGACUGAGUUAGGACAGCAAAUCCUGGCCGAUUUUGAAGAAGCAUUUCCUUCUCAGGGUACCAAGAGGCCCGGAGGACCCAGCAAUGUCCUUCGAGAUGCAUGCCUGGUUGCUAAUAUUUUGGACCCCAGAAUCAAACAGGAUAUCAUCAAAAAGUUUAUUAAACAGCAUCUGUCAGAGUAUCUAGUACUUUUUCAAGAAAACCAAGAUGUCGCCUGGCUGGACAAAAUCGACAGACGCUAUGCCUGGAUAAAACGCCAGCUUGUGGACUAUGAGGAGAAAUAUGGCCGAAUGUUUCCACGUGAGUGGUACAUGACCGAGAGGAUUGCAGUAGAAUUUUGCCACGUCACGAGGACAGAACUUGCCAAGAUUAUGCGAACCAGAGCUAAGGAAAUUGAAGUGAAGUUGCUUCUUUUUGCUAUUCAGAGAACAACUAACUUUGAGGGGUUUCUUGCAAAACGUUUCUCCGGCUGCACCCUGACAGAUGGAACCCUGAAAAAACUUGACUCUCCACCCCCAUCCACCAAUCCCUUCUUGGAAGAUGAGCCAGCACCAGAGAUGGAGGAACUGGCAAUGGAGAAAGGAGAUUUAGAUCAACCAAAGAAGCCUAAAGCCCCAGACAAUCCAUUUCAUGGCAUUGUUUCCAAGUGUUUUGAGCCUCAUCUUUACGUGUAUAUUGAGUCCCAGGACAAAAACCUUGGAGAGCUGAUAGAUCGGUUUGUGGCCGAUUUCAAAGCCCAGGGGCCACCUAAGCCCAACACUGAUGAAGGGGGUGCCGUGCUCCCCAGCUGCGCUGACCUCUUUGUCUACUACAAGAAGUGCAUGGUGCAGUGCUCCCAACUCAGUACUGGGGAGCCGAUGAUCGCUUUGACCACCAUUUUCCAGAAGUACCUUCGAGAAUAUGCCUGGAAAAUCCUCUCUGGCAACCUGCCCAAAACCACAAGCAGCAGUGGAGGGCUGACCAUCAGCAGCCUCCUCAAGGAAAAGGAAGGCUCAGAAGUGGCCAAGUUCACUCUAGAGGAGCUCUGCCUCAUCUGCAGCAUCCUGAGCACAGCAGAGUACUGUCUGGCCACCACUCAGCAGCUAGAAGAAAAACUCAAAGAAAAAGUUGAUGUAAGUCUGAUCGAACGAAUCAAUCUGACUGGAGAAAUGGACACAUUCAGCACUGUCAUCUCUAGCAGUAUUCAGUUGCUGGUUCAGGAUUUGGAUGCUGCCUGCGAUCCUGCCCUAACUGCCAUGAGCAAGAUGCAGUGGCAGAAUGUGGAACAUGUUGGUGACCAGAGCCCCUACGUCACCUCUGUCAUUCUUCACAUUAAGCAAAACGUCCCCAUCAUCCGUGACAACCUGGCUUCGACGCGAAAAUACUUCACUCAGUUCUGCAUUAAAUUUGCAAACUCCUUCAUUCCCAAGUUCAUCACCCACCUCUUCAAGUGCAAGCCAAUUAGCAUGGUGGGAGCAGAACAGCUGCUACUGGACACCCAUUCCCUGAAGAUGGUCCUGCUGGAUCUACCUUCCAUUGGCUCACAGGUGGUGAGGAAAGCACCUGCCAGCUACACCAAGAUUGUUGUGAAAGGCAUGACCCGGGCGGAGAUGAUCCUCAAGGUAGUGAUGGCCCCCCACGAACCGUCCGUGGUAUUUGUAGACAACUACAUCAAACUCCUUACGGACUGCAAUACAGAAACCUUCCAGAAGAUACUGGACAUGAAGGGGCUGAAGAGGAGUGAGCAGAGCUGCAUGCUGGAGCUCUUUCGCCAGAGGCUCCCCACCCCGCCCUCAGGGCCAGAAGGCUCCAGCUCCUUGUCCCUACUGGCUCCCACACCAGAACAGGAAUCAUCUCGCAUCCGCAAACUAGAGAAACUAAUUAAGAAGAGACUGUAGGAGCAGAAAAGGGGCACUUUUUCCCCUGGCCAGCGACCCUGAGCACCCAGCUCCCUAGAAGCCCCCCACCUCUCCUGUGCUCACCCCGACUCUCAGAUCGCCAAUCUUGAAACUGCCUGAGACAUUUGGGUUGUUAAUGUGUCUCUCCCAUGCCCUGUCUUAAUUCCUGUCCUAAUCGGAGAAGCAAGUAAGGGCCAGGUUAUAAAAAGGCAAUUUCGACGAUCUCCGAUUCUUGCAGCAGAGGCAGCAUUUGGGUGAAAGGUCCCUGCCCUUCACUUGCUGUUUCUGGGCUGCUCUCGACUGGUCCGGUUGUCGCCGAUUCCGUAGCCUCUCUCUGCGGUAACACGCUCUGGCACGUGGCCCUAUUCCCUACCAUGCACCUGUCCAGGCAACUUGAGUGACAAAGCCUGGAUCUCACCCCUUCCUCUGCCACUAUUUGAGGUUGUUCCGAGUUAAUGACAUGGCAGAUUACAGGUAUAGGAAACCAGCCUUACUUUAUGAAGGAAAUGGAAGCAGGAGCACUCUUCUUUGUAAAUCCCAGCUUGGGUGCAUAUUUUGCUUCUGGUACUUUUCAUGACGUGGCCAAGUUUUUCCCUUAUUCCCCUUAUUUCUCAGUAAUCUCCACUUCCCUCUCCCUGUACGUCUAAGGGAGGAUUUCCUCUGUGUCUCUCACCCAAGAGGAUUAUAUGCGCCAGGCCUUGGAAGCAGGUUCCCUCUCUGCCAUGGGGCUUUUGGUACGUCAUCCCCCAUCAUGAGAAUGGGCAACAUAUUUGCCCUGAUUCAUCCGGUUCACUGGAAACCAAGCCUCCAUUAACUGUGACUCAGCAUUUGUUCAGGAAUUACGAACAAUUUGUUGGCCAGGUAGGGUCAGAGCUAAGGAGGAAGAUGGAGUUCUUUACAGAGAAUGCCUGUAACAGGCCUCAGGAUAAAAUUGGACUAUUAGAUAAGACUCAGGAUGGAGGAAGUUACCUAAAAAAUCCCUGAAAUUUGUGACAGCCGUACAGUGGGAAACAUUAAGGUUUGAAAAUCUGACCAGAAACUAUAAUUAUUUCUCCCCUUCUUAUCUUCCCACUAUAACCACUCUGCACUGUUACCCUUCCCUCUCCAUCAGCCCUUUGCCCAGACUCAGUCUAUCAGCCCCAACUUUGCUCCUGGGCCUCAUUUCUUCAUCACCCUCCAACCUGGUCUUGCUAGUCAGUCUGACUCAUGUAUUGAGCAUCUCAAACUCGAGAACACUGAGAAGCGGUGGAAGAAAGAGGUGUGGCCUUUAGCUGAGCUCAGUUAGGAAAAGAUGGCUAAAUAUGAAAAGUACAGGAAGGGAGGGGAAGGAGUGGAGCGAGCACCUGGCAACUCAGUAGAUGGAGUUCACUGUGCCCAGACAGCCGUCGUGUCGCUGCAGUGCAGUGAAGUUACACAGCCAGCACUAAUUGAGGUUAACAUUCUCUUCCCACUUUUAAAAAAAGGGAACAGUGGUUCCGUCUCCAAACAGCAUAGUCACUUCAGCCAUCUGUGACUGACCUGGGAAGCCAGGAAAGCCAGUGGGCUGCUGCACCUGGUUCUUGUCACUCUUGGUGUUUCCAGAUCCACACUUUUGAGUCAUUUUGGGGGAUUCAUUUGUUGGACCUCUUCAUAAUGGCAUUGAGAUGUCAAGCCCUGUUUUCUGCCAGUUGGUGGUCGUAGCCAGGGAAGUUGCUUUCUUGAUUUAUUGCGCUGUCAGUAAUCUCCAAGGAGUCAACAGAUGUCAGUAGGAGUUAUGUUAAAUGUCUCAUUGACGGGGUCUGAAUGCUCUGUGUGCAUCUUUUAAGGACAGACCAUGUUUCUCAGCUGGGGAUAUGCAUCAGAAUCACCUGGGUCUCUUUUUACAAAUACAGAUGCCUGGAGAUUCUGAACUAGUAAGUCUGGAGUGGGGCCUGGCAUGUAAGUUGAAAAAUUCUGUAGGUGAUGAUACUGUUUAUUCCUUGCUAAGAACCAUUGCAAUAGAGAGAAAUUUGAUAUAGCGAAUGGUUCCUAUAGCACAUUUUCAUAAACGUGUAUUUUUUCUGUCUCUCUAAGCAAGUGUAAUUACUGUACAGUUGAGCUGUUAACCAACAUGGUAAAGAUUCUUUCCUGAUAGCCAGCAGCUUUCAUUUUAAACUUGUGUUAACAGUAGGGACCAUGUCAGAAGUUGUGCUUUCCCCGUACUGACUCGGAUUCUUCCUGUUUAGUUGAACCAGCCCCAAAGAGAAGGUUUAUUACUGUCACUUCAAAUAUAAAGGGGCAUAUAUUGGUAAAAACGGUAACUAACAACUCUGUUAUUAAGCUAAACUUAUUGUUUGUUCCUCUCACUUUCUGUAGCCCCUUAAAAAAAAAACUUUGAAGUCACUUUAUGUGGUUAAAAUAAAUAUUAAUAAUUUAUACUUGA